AUGCACCUCACCAUCAUAACAACAACGUUAUCCCUCCUCGCUCUCGCAACUGCUGAGAGUAUCUGCUCCCCCGGCUCUGUUGGCGUCGGCAUCGCACCUAGCACCGCAACGGAUACAUACUCUGUCAUCGCUGACAGCAACUGCGGGAUUGUCGACAGCCGUCUCGGGCACGGCGAGCUCUGUGGUGUGUACAACCGCGGGUCACAGGUUUCUUGUGUGGAUCAGAACACUGUGACCGGUGUUACUGCUUCGGGGGCGGAGUAUGGGAACUGUGUCUCGGUUAGUGAUCAGUUUUGUCACCAGCAGCCUGGGUACGGGAUUCAGUGGUGCUGUGGGGUUUAA